AUGCUCGACUUUCUCUUCGGCCCGUCGUACAACCCGUCCAAGGAUAUCCCAGACCAAACCGGCAAGGUCUUCUUCAUCACCGGCGCGUACUCUGGCUUAGGCUACGAGACUACGAAGGAGCUUGCCAAACAUGGCGCAACGGUAUAUCUGGCCUGCCGCACAGAGGACCGCGCAGUGGCAGCUAUAGCGAAGUUGGAGGAGGAGGUGCCGGAGAUCAAAGGGAAGGAUAGACUGCACUUCAUCCAGGUGGACAUGGGCAACAUGCAGUCUGUGAAGCGCGCGGCGGAAGAGUUCGUUCAGAAGGAGAAGAGGCUGGAUGUUCUUCUGCAUAACGCUGGUCGUUUGACUACCCCGUACAAGAUGGGGGAGGAGGGCGUGGAACUCACCAUGGCCGUCAACUACCUAGGCGUAUUCAUCUUGACGCAGUCGCUACUGCCUCUUUUGAAAGCAACAGCCGCACUACCCGAUACUGAUGUCCGGAUUGCGGUGGUCUCCUCGAUGGGGCACCGUUUCGGCCCGGCAAAGCUGAAGCUCGACUCUUUGGAGGCAUGGAACGACUAUGCUGGUAACAGAGGUGAAAGUUAUAAAGCAAAGUGUGACCGUUACGGUGCCACCAAGCGCAUGGAGAUCAUGUGGGCUUUACAUCUUCAAAAGCUGAUGGACGAAGAGAAAGUGCCUAUCACGGUGAUCUCUCUUCAUCCUGGUAUGGUCGGCACAGGUGGUGUACAGGAGAACUCACCUUUCUACGCCUACUGGUUCAUGAAGUACUGCGGCGUGACGGAGCAACAAGGAGCAUAUACUAGUCUCUUUGCCACGACUAGCCCUAUUGUGAAGGCCCAGCGCGAUAAGUACAAGGGCAAGUACCUGGAGCCGUUCGGCAAGAUUACCAAACCAGCUGCCGCCGACGCUCACGACGAGGCCAGCGCUAAGCUUCUGUACGAUACAUCUAUCAAAGUUGCGGAGCAGGUCUUGUCGGGUUCGGCAAGAAAGGCGUAG